CCAUCGCUCUCAGUCCCCCCCAUCUUCACGACCAGCAACGACGCUCGACACAGGCGCUGUGUUGCUACAUCAUUACAAGCUUAUUUCGAUGGACUCUAAUCGACGACUCUUCUAGGAGCUCGCAAUGGCUCCUCGAAAGAACGUGCAGUCCACCGCGGCCGAGCUCUCGCUCGUCCACCUGAAGAGCUGCCUCGUCAACCUCCCUCCAUCCUUAGUGUCGCUUUUGGUCAACGUCAAUACGCCUGUCCAGAAUGUCGUUGUCGAACUUAGCUUUCGGCCCUCGCCGACAGCCGGGGCGUCAGGCUCUGCAGCUCCGCAAUCAGUCUUUGUGGGCUGGACAGGCAUGCCCAGCAAGCGAAGAACGGCGCAACUUGUCGGCCGAGACGGUCUAACUGGCUCAAGGGGCUCGUCUCGGGACCAGGAGAUCCAGAUGAUCGAGCUUGAUGCAACAUUGGCCAGCGCUUUGGGUCUGUCCGAGGGCCACAAGGUCACCGCGACCGUACAUGUCGACCCUCCAGUUGCGCACACGAUAAACAUCGAACCCUUGACACCAGAGGACUGGGAGAUUAUCGAGUUGCAUGCAACAUUCCUCGAGCUCAACCUGCAGUCACAAGUCCGAGCACUGCCGAACCCGGCGUACAUGCUGAACAGCAGCACACCAGUGCCUCCCCAUCUGCUCACCCUUCACUUGUCCCCGACCUCUACUGCGAACAUCAAAGUCGUAUCGCUCGACCCCGCGCCACCAACAAACGUUCCAUUUGUUAAGCUCUCACCAAAUGCCGAGGUCAUCGUUGCCCCGAAGAUCAGGCCGAACAGCUCUCAAAGCACUGGCGAUCAUCGCAGUGUAGCGAGCACAUCAAAGUCGAGGCGUAGCGGCGCAAGCACCGUCCGAAGGCGAAGUGCGAGGGAAGAGCCGCGGCCGACAAUAUUCCUUCGAGCCAUAGACAAGGCUGCCUGCAAAGAGUGGUUUGAUGAAGGGCCAACAUGCACUGACCUCAGUGUUUGGAUCGAUCGCGACACCCUGCUCUCCAACUCGUUCCGAGGCAUAAGUUACGCAGUUGUCGAUGUCAUAAAACCCGCCGGUUUGCAGAAGCCGCAGCCAGAGGACAGCUCCACACCAGCGACUAGUCUCGCCACCACCAAGGUGGUGGCAACCAUACAGCCAUGGGACGACCCCCCUAAUGGUCAAAUCGCUGCCCUUUCUUCGCCUCUAUGUGCAGCACUGGGCUGCAGCGGCAUUGUUGGUGGCGUUGUCAAGAUCCAAGCGGCACCACAACAGCUGCAACGGGGCAACGUACAGCAAAUCAAGGUCUUCCCUUUUGCAUCUAGCUCACAGUCGACCACGGGCCUGAAGUUUGGCAGCGAGACAAAGGCCGAGAAGGAGGAGUCCACGAAACGUUUCAGGCAUAUGUAUGGCGGGCCUAAGGGCCUUAAUGGUUUGCUCCAUGGCCCUAUGACGGAUGGCAUAGUCGUUGGACUCUAUGAUGGGCUAGAAGCUCCACAAGGCUGGGAAGGCGGUAUUGUCAGAUUUGAGUACAGCGCCGACUUCGCGUCACAGGAAAAACCAAAAGGGGCGACGUUCUGGAUAACGAACGUGGAUUCCAAGAUUCCAAUCGAGUUCCAGCAACCCCAACCUCGACCAUCUUGGAUGGCUGAUCGCGAUGAACACGACCUGCAGCCAACGCACGACUCUCUACUCGUUGGCAUUGAUUCGCUGCUCUCAAACCUUCAAUCCCAUCUCACGCACAUCUCCUCCGUUCUCCUGACUGGCACGAUGGGUUCCGGCAAGACCAGUGUCGCAAAACAUCUGGCGGAGAAGCUACGCCGAGAAGGGCUCUUCUAUACUAUCUACUACCCCUGCCGGAAAUUGGUCAACGAUGAAACCAGGAUAUCGACGAUCAAAGAAACCCUCAAUCGCGUUUUUAUGUUAGCGAGCUGGGGCACGAGGCUUGGUGGCAAAGCCCUCGUGGUCCUUGACGAUCUCGAUCGACUAUGCCCGGUGGAAACAGAGCUUCAGGUCGGCAACGAUAACGGUCGGAGUCGACAAAUCAGCGAGGCGAUCCGCUCCAUAGUUCGCCAGUACUGCACAAGGGACAGCAACGUUGUCCUGCUCGCUACCGCUGAGGGAAAAGAUUCUAUGAACAACGUCGUGGUUAGUGGCCAUGUUGUGAGAGAGAUCAUCGAGCUCAAGGCACCCGACAAGGAAGCAAGGCGAAGAGUCAUGGAAUCCAUCGCUAGAGAGGGCGCUGUGAUCAUAGAAGAUGCCAAUGAUGCCGCAAGCGAUCACAGUCGGCCGCCGACGUCGAACGGAAGUGCGCUUGCUGAUGACAGCGAUACCUGGAUGCAUGGUUCAGAUCGGCAGCAGGCGGACAGCACGGGUAGUGGCUUCGUUCUCGAUGCGAGUCUCGACUUUCUGGACAUUGCAGGAUUAACUGACGGCUACAUGUCUGGCGAUCUGACAGUGCUUGUAUCGAGGGCUAGGAAUGAAGCCAUUAUUCGCUCCAUCAACGAUUCUCCAUCAGAUACCCAAGGGCCCGUCCGUCUCACUAGAAAGGACUUCGACAAAGCACUUAAAGGUUUCACGCCGGCAUCUCUUCGAAAUGUCCCCUUGCAGAGUUCUACAACCACAUUCAAAUCAAUUGGGGGCUUACAGGAGACGCGAAAAGUUCUGCUCGAGACUCUCGAGUACCCGACCAAGUAUGCCCCUAUUUUCGCGCAAUGCCCUCUGCGCUUGCGUUCCGGUCUAUUACUGUACGGCUACCCCGGAUGCGGCAAGACUCUACUCGCCAGUGCUGUCGCUGGCGAGUGCGGCCUCAACUUCAUCAGCGUCAAGGGACCUGAAAUUCUGAACAAAUAUAUCGGCGCCUCGGAAAAGAGUGUCAGAGACUUGUUUGACCGAGCACAGGCAGCAAAGCCUUGCAUCCUCUUCUUCGAUGAGUUCGACUCCAUCGCACCUAAGAGAGGCCACGACAGCACGGGAGUGACGGAUAGAGUGGUGAACCAACUUCUCACCCAGAUGGAUGGUGCUGAGGGGCUUUCGGGUGUCUACGUUCUAGCCGCGACGUCUCGUCCUGACCUCAUUGACCCUGCGCUGCUUCGACCCGGUCGCUUGGAUAAAUCUUUACUUUGCGACAUGCCUGCGGAGGAGGACCGUCUUGACAUCAUCAAGUCUCUAUUUCAGAAAGUCAGACUAUCUGUCGAGCUCACCGAGUCGGACGAUGCGCUCAGGGAAGUGGCCCGUCGGACAGAUGGGUUUUCCGGUGCCGACCUCCAAGCGCUGGUCUCUAACGCACAACUGGAAGCCAUUCACGAUGUGCUAGAUGUCAGCGCACCUCAUCAGGGCUCUGAUAACCGUUCCGAAGCCAAAACGCACACGCCCAGCUUUGUUCAGUUCCGGUACGGCUCGGAACAUGGGAAUUCCAAGUCGAAUGGAUUCGUCCCGCAGAGCAAAUCUGCCGCACUCAUUGAAAAUGCCGCCAUUAUGUCGAAGCUGGAGCAGAUUAAACUUGCCCGUAAAAAGGCGAAGGAGGCGCGUAAAGGCUUCCUUCACAACGGACAUCCCGAUGUUGAGACAAAAGAAGAAACGCAGCAUAGGGACGUUGUCAUCGAAUGGCCGCAUCUGGUCAAGGCACUCGACAGCACAAGAGCCAGUAUCAGUUCAGAGGAAAAGGCUCGGCUACACCGGAUCUAUCGAGAGUUCGUUGUAGGCAGGAGCGGGCAGAUGAAGGAUGGCCAAGGGAGCAUGGAAAUUGGCGGGAGAAGCACCCUAAUGUAGUCACACUCUACAUCUUUUUGCAUAUAGAAUGCCCGUGGCGGUUUCAGGUGUAUUGAGAGCUGUGUAUACCAUUUGUUGCAUGCUGUACUGCAAACCAAAGAGCAGAG